UUCCUCUUAAGAACUCACAAAACCCUUUCACUCCCCUCAUAAAACCCUAACUCAUUACUCAAUCUUUCACGAAAUCCAAUGGUGCAACCGAGUCAUCUGAGUCAGCACAUUGAGUCAUUCGUUAACUUGUCCAGCUCGCCCGCUCACCAGGCUGCAAGUUUGGAUGCAGUUGUUUCUUUGUUGAAGAAUAAUGUGUUGACUAUAGAAAAACUGGUUAGAGAGAUGGAUAUGUAUUUGACUACCACUGAUGAUGUCACUCGUGCAAGAGGUAUCCUUCUUCUUGGAGAAGUCCUUUCAAAUCUUGUGUCAAAGCCGCUGGAUGAUGCUACUGUACAUAGCCUGAUAGCAUUCUUCUCAGAUAGACUGGCAGAUUGGAAAGCUCUCCGUGGUGCACUUGUUGGUUGUUUGGCACUAGUGAGGAGGAAAAGUAGUGGUGGUGUGGUUACUGCAAAUGAUGCAAAAGCAGUUGCCCAGUCUUAUAUACAAAACCUACAGGUGCAGUCAUUAGCACAACGUGAUAGGAAGCUUUGCUUUGAACUUUUGGAAGGCCUAUUACAACGUUUUCCUGAUGCCAUUGCUUCACUGGGUGAAGACUUUCUCUACGGAAUCUGUGAAGCUAUUGAUGGGGAGAAGGAUCCACAGUGCUUAAUGCUAACUUUUUGCAUUGUUGAGGUUGUGGCACAAGUAUUUCCUGAUGAUCUGCUUGCAAGUUUUGCCAGCGACCUUUUUGAAAUUUUAGGCUGUUACUUCCCCAUUCAUUUUACUCAUUCUACAGGUGAGGACUUUGAUGUGAAAAGAGAUGAUCUUUCAUCUGCAUUGAUGCGAGCAUUUUCCUCCACUCCUCUUUUUGAGGCCUUUGCCAUUCCAUUGCUCCUUGAAAAACUUUCUUCCUCUUUGCCAUCAGCAAAGGUUGAUUCUCUGAAGUAUCUCAGCAGUUGUACACUGACGUAUGGUGCAGACCGGAUAGCAAAACAUGCUGGAGCAAUUUGGUCAUCGAUAAAGGAUGCGAUAUACUUUUCACUGGAGCCUAGUCUGUCCUUUGGUUUGGAAUCACUGGAUGGCCUUGGCUUUGAGGACAAUGCAAUUUUACGAGAAGCUCUAACUCUUCUGCAGACAGUUAUCAAGCAAAAUACUGAUUUGUUUUUAAGUCAGAUUAUAGCUGAUGAAGAUAUAAAUUUUAUUUUCAGAUCCAUCUCUAAUUUUAAGAGUUACAAUAACAUUCCUAUGCAAAGCAAGCAGAAACUACAUGCGGUUGGUUGCAUCCUUUCUGUCUCUGUCAAAGCUUCUCUUGCCUCCUGCAAUAGAGUUAUGGAAAGUUUCUUCCCCAGCUUGGUGGAUGCUUUAGGGCUUUCAGUCAGAAACUCAUCUCAGGAUUGCUUUCCAAAUGAUGAUUAUGUACUUGCUGAAAGGCUUAAUCAUGCAGCUCUUUAUCUCUGCAUUGAACUUAUUGCAGCAUGCCGAGAUGAAAUAUCAGGCUCUGAACCAUUCAUGACACAGUCUGCUCUUGCACAUGAGAAAUGGUGUUGCUUGAUUCAGAGCUUUUCUGCUUCAUUAACUAAGGCCUUCACUUUUACCUUGGCAACAAGCACAAAUGAAGAUGCUUAUGAUGCAGAUGUAUAUUUUGGAGUGAAGGGUCUUCUGAUUCUGGGAACAUUCCCUGGUGGCUCUUUAAUAAUAUCAAAAUCUACAUUUGAGAAUAUUUUGUUGACAUUAACAUCAAUUAUCACUGCGGACUUCGAGAAGACUCUGUUAUGGAAGCUGGCACUAAAGGCACUGGUGUACAUUGGCUUGUCCAUUGAUAGAUGUCAUGCGUCUGAGAAGGAACUGAGCUAUAUGGGUAUUGUCAUUGAAAAGAUUGUUUUAUUGGCAUCUUUCAAUGAUUUAAGUAUGCCAUUACCACUCAAACUGGAAGCAAUUUCCGAGAUUGGUGCAAGUGGAUCAAAUUAUUUGCUGAAAAUUGUUCAAGGACUAGAAGAAGCUAUAUGUGCCAAUUUGUCUGAGGUUUAUGUCCAUGGGAAUUCUAAGUCAGCCGAAGUCGUAGUUCAACUUUUGGAAUGCUACUCAAAUAAGGUGUUUGCGCGGAUCCAUGAAACUGGAAGCUUUGAGGAAGUCUUGCUGAGGUUUGCACUGAAUAUUUGGGGCCUACUUGAAAAUUGUGCAGCUUUCAGUGUUCAGACCCAUGAAAAAGGGCUUCUUGAUGCAACGAUGAAGGCGAUGAAGCUAGCUGUUGCAAGUUGUUCAGUGGAGACCCAGAGCAUAAUAGUUGAAAGAGCUUACAGUGUACUUUCAUCAAGCACUUCUUUUCCGAAGGAGCCAAUGGCUGCCAUUCCAAUCCAACUGAAAGGAUUACAGCUCACUCAAGAGAUAGACGUUGGUUCCAGUAGAGAUGAAUGGAUAUAUUCACUAUUUGCAUCAGUAGUUAUAGCACUUCAUCCUCAAACACACAUUCCAAAUGUGAGGCUGGUAUUACAUCUGUUUAUGACAAGCAUUCUCAAGGGUAAUGUUCCAGCAGCUCAAGCAUUGGGUUCCAUGGUUAACAAAUUUGGUCUGAAUGCCAAUGGAACAGAUGUAUCAAGUACAUGUACCUUGGAAGAAGUAAUGGAUAUAAUUUUCAACACGAGUUUAUGUAGUUUCAAUGAUAAUGGUCCUUCAAGGAUACAUGGUGGGAUGAAUAAUGGCAGUGAGAUGUGUCUUAAUAGUAUAUGCCGCGGUGUUGUAAAUAGUAGAUCUCUUCAAAUCCAUGCAAUUACUGGGCUAGCAUGGAUUGGAAAAGGUUUGCUUAUGCGGGGGCACGAAAAAGUUAAAGACAUAACUAUGAUUCUUAUAGAGUGCUUAUUGUCAAAUGACAAAAAAGGUUCUUUGCCAGCAGAGCAGGAAUCCUCAGAAGACAUAUCUGAGCAGGGUGUGCAUCCAUCUGUCAUGAAAUGUGCUUCGAAUGCAUUUCAAAUUCUUAUGAGUGAUUCUGAAAAUUGUUUAUGCCGAAAAUUCCAUGCAACAGUACGGCCACUUUAUAAGCAACGUUUUUAUUCAACCAUAAUGCCAAUUCUGCAAUCUUUGAUUGUGAAAUCUGAGUCAUCAUUCUCAAGAUCAAUGCUGUAUCGGGCCUGUGCAUACAUAAUGUCAGAUACUCCCUUAGUUGUUCUCUUGAAUGAUGCCAAGAAGGUAAUUCCAAUAUUGAUGGAGGGAUUAUCUGUGUUAUGUAGUGAUACUUUGGAUAAAGAUAUACUGUACAGUCUCCUGCUGGUCAUAUCUGGGAUAUUGACGGAAAAAAAUGGACAAGAAGCAGUCUUAGAGUGUGCUCAUAUCAUCAUUAAUCAUCUUAUUGGACUUAUUACCUACCCUCAUAUGAUGCUUGUUCGAGAGACAGCAAUUCAGUGUCUGGUUGCCAUGUCUAGACUGCCUCAAGCACGGAUUUAUCCCAUGAGAGUACAGGUACUACAAGCAAUAUCCAUGGCACUAGACGACCCAAAGCGAGCUGUUCGUCAGGAAGCUGUAAGAUGCCGGCAAGCAUGGGCACCAGUUGCAUCAAGAAGUCUUCAUUUCUGAAGAUUUAAGCGAUUUUUCCUUUUGAAAGAAGUGAAUAUGGAGAUUGUUUUUAACAUGUCUCAAUUAUUUUUUUUUUUCCCCUUUUGUUGUAUUGUUCAUAAAAUAUUUGAUCAAAUGUAGUUGUAAAUAUCCAAAGUGGUUACAAGAUUUUCUUGUUAUUUAAAGAAAUGA